GACAUUGAAAGCGUGAAAAAUUUUUUCUCUUGAAUAAAUACCGUAUUUAAAGUGUAAAUAAUUAAAAAAUAUUUCAAGCAAACAAUUAGAAUGUUUUACUUACAAAUUGAGCACAGUAUUUGCUCGAAAAAUUAAUUUUUCACUGCGUAAAAUUUAUUUCAAGAAAAAUUCGAUAUCUUCAUCUUAAUUUUUUUUUUCUCUUGUUCUUAUUCUUAUAAAUGCUUUGUCGUUAAGAAAUUCUUUUUUCGUUUUCUCCAUACCACGCCGCCGAGGUUUACCCGGUUUUUUUUUUCCUAUAGAAUUUGCUACGCGUACAGAAAAUUAUGCGUGAUUAUUUGAUAAUGACAAUUUAUUAGAUUGCAUUGAUAUUAAGAUGAAGAGAAUAUAGAAUAAUUCAAGUUUUGCUUUCCUAAUUUUGUUUUGUUUGCACUGGAGCUGUUUAAUUUAUAUAUAAUCAGUGUUUCUGUUCAUCUAAAUACUUAAGGGUGGCAAAAUGAUGUUCACAGGCACAACGCAACAACAAGAUACUCGCUUCAGUGAUAAGGAGAAGAAGUUAAUGAAGCAAAUGAAAUUUGGAGAUUGUCUUAAUAAGCGGGUUGAUAUGUCAAAAGUUAAGCUCGAUGUUUUACGUCCUUGGAUUAGUAAGAAAAUUACCGAUAUCUUGCACAUUGAAGAUGAUGUUGUCGCUGAGUUUGUUUAUAAUCAAUUGGAAGAAGAAAAGUUUCCCUGUCCCAAAAAAAUGCAGAUAAAUAUGACUGGAUUUUUGAAUGGACCUAAUGCUCGUCAGUUUAUGGGUGAAUUAUGGUCAUUAUUACUUUCGGCGCAAGAAAGCGAGAGUGGUAUACCAGCGGAAUUUAUUCAACAAAAAAAAGAUGAGAUUUUAAAACGUGAAGAAGAUAUGAAGAUAAAGGAGCGCAAUGAACGUGAGCGCUCGCGUUCUCCAUCAAGGUCACGUGAACGUGAACGCCGUGUGGGCGGUACUAGUAGCAAUACUAGCGGCGGCAGUGCGGCCAGCGCUGCUGCCAAAGAACGCGAAACAUUGUCUCAAAAAGAACGUGAACAGCAGCUACCACCUAGCACCUUGAGCGCCAUUGAACAAGUGCGUUCGCAACUUUCAGCAAAAUCCAGAUCCUCUUCAGAUGAAGGUAAUAAAAAGGAUGUUGACAACAACGCAAAUAAGAGUUCUUCAACUGUUACUAAUGAUGAUAGUUUUAAAAAGGAACGCUCACGUUCUAGUUCACGUGCGGCAAUUGGUGAAAAAGACUCAAAGGUAAUAAGAUCUCCACAUCGGCGUUCAAGAGAAAGAUCAAUGCAAAAAGCCUCAUCGCGAGACCGUAAUUCACCAGCACGUCGGCGUCACAGCCCACGUGAUAAGGAUAGACGUAAGGUUUCUAGGUCACCAAGGCGUAGGUCGGUGGAUCGUAGAAGAAGGCGUUCUCGUUCAAGGGAGAGAAGCGGACGCCGACAGAAAUCGCGUUCACCCACCCCGCAGAAACGUCGGGAUUCUUCACGUUCAAGGCAUCGCAGAACUCGUUCUCGGUCAGUUGAGAAACGUAAAAGUAGCCCCCUUCUUAAACUUUUAUCGCCUAGACGUCGACGUUCAAUGUCGCGUAGCCCGAAUCCAGCUCAAAAUGGUCACGAAGGGGAUAGAAACGCCAGCGCAAGAAAUCCGAGAAAUCCGUUCGCUUCUAAAGCACCGGGAGAUAGACGUUCAUUUUCGCGUAGUCGAAGUCUAGUAUCACCUAUUAAAAAACCAAUCGAACGACCACGCUCUCGUGAAAAGUCUUCAGUGCAGAGAUUUUCACGAUCUCGAUCCCGUUCUUCGGUACCUCCCAGUCCCAAACGGAACCCUAAACGUUCCCCGUCCCGCCAAACUAGUCUUUCGCUAUCACCCGAGCCAAAUCAAGACGACUUUGAGUUACGUCGCAACAAGAACAGCGUACAAAAGAAACGACAAUAUCGCCACAAUAGGGAUUCAUCGGUAAGUUCGGUUGAACGUGAAAUUGGAGGCGUUGGUGGAGGUGGGGGAGGAAGAAGACCUGAUUCUAGAGGCCGCAGCGGUGGUAUGUCGCAAAAUCGACGACGUUCGACACAACGUAAUGAAGGAAGAGGAGGACGACAAGAUCGUUCACGUUCUCGCAGGCGAUCUCGCUCACGCCAACGUUCUCGAUCCCGUAAUAGAUCGCGUUCACCAAGACGUGCUAAUCGUCGACGUUCUCCGGUACAACAUCAAUUUUGGGGUCAUCGAGGUAAUAACAACAACAAUAAUAAUAGCAGAGGACGUUUUAAUCAAUGGCGACGUAGUUAUAGUCGAGAGAGAGGCAACAAUAGUGGUAGUGCUGUUGGUAAUCGAAUUGAACGUCGCAGUUCUCCACCGCGUCGAUAUUCCCGAGAACGCCGCUCUUCACCAAUGCAAAACCAAUUCCGCAAAUUCCCUUCACCUCAACGACGAGCACUAUCGCCUCAAUACCGAGAUCAGAGACGUACAUCUCGUGAACGUGUGCACAAUUCCCGCGAUCGUCGUCCUUCUUCGCCCUGGCGUGCAGCAUCGCGCGAACGUGGUAGUAGUAACCUGACAACUGCUACCAAUCGUUGGGAUCAACCCACUAGAAAUAUGCAGAAACCAAAGCAGCGCUCCAUUUCAGUCAGCUCGAAUUGGGAGGACAAUGAACGCGAGGAGGAGAUUCAGCAAAAAAACAAUGUCAAUCGUCGUAUUAGCGUUGAUCGGAAACGAAGCCCUGUUAAAAAUAGUGGUUCCAGGCGCGAGCGCAGUCGAAGCCGCAGCUCACAAGAAAAAUAUAAACGAGAAUCCAAUACAGCAGAUAAAGGACAUCGACCCAGGGAAAGUAUCGGUCGCUCUUCAGUGGAAUAUUGUGGCCCUUCUGUAAAAACUAUUGAUUUAAGCAAAGAUGAACAAAUCACUGAAGUUGCACGCAAAUCGAAACUAACAACGUUACCACCGCCAGGUGAAGAUAAGUCCAAGAAAUUGACUAGUGCUGGUAGUGCAACACGUCGCAAUCGUUACAGCGACAGUUUGUCGCGCACACCUUCCCCGUUCCUAAAGCCUCACGAACGAAAACAAGCCGCUUUAGGAGUCCAGACGACGGUGGUUGCAGUUGCACAAAAGAAAACUCAAGACAAGCCAUCUGAAACCAAAAAACGACGAAACGAUAGCGAUUCAAGUUCCUCAGACACUUCAGAUGACAGUGAGGAUGAUAGUGAUGAAGAUUCUUCCGAUGAAAACGAAGAGGAACCUAAAAAAAGGAUGGAAAAAGAACGUGAAAAGUUUAAGAUUAGAACAGAGGAAAUAAAGAAAGUUUCACACAAGACGAACACAAAUCAAAAACUUGAAAAACAUUCUAGGUCUUUGACCCGUAAGAGUAAUAAGAGUUCAUCAAGUGACAGUGAAAGUGAUGGAAGUGAAGAUUCGGAAGAUGAUAAGUCUCGUAAGAAAUUAAUGAUAAAAUCUUCUAGAUCGAUGGCAUCGAAAACAGCAAACCAUAAAGAAUCUAGAACUAUUGUUCUACCGGCUAUCGAAGAUGAACGCAAACGAGAUAAACUCUCAGUCGAAACCAUUGAUAAACGUAAGCACGUUGCAGAAACUAAAGAUAGCAACGUUAGUGUUAAGCGAAUUAAGACUAAUUCCGAUUUGGCAAACGUAUCUGUUGGGGCUUCAAAAAAGUCUCACAAUUCCUGCUCCACACGUACUGAACUCAAAAAACAAGCAACUGAUAGUGAUUCAGAAGAUAAAGAUGAACGCAGAGAGAAUUUGAAAUUAUCGUCCAAAUUGGCACACAGAAAACGUACGCAGUCUGCAGCCUCCAUUUCUGGACAUAAAAAAGGACGCCACAAUGUAUCCUCCGAUUCAGAUGAACACGUGUCGAAAAAGAAGCGUAAAAAGGCUAAGAAGUCGUCAAGCAAACAUAAUUCCGAUGAUGAAACUUCAAGUGAUUCGGAAAAUGAAUCUAAUAAGCAAAAGAAAAAACAUAAGAAACAUAAAAAACACAGCAGCAAAAAGAGCAAAAAACACAAGAAACACAAGAAAAAGAGUAAGAAAUCGGUUGAAACAUCAAGCAGUAGCGAUGAUGAGAGAAUUACCCGCGGGGAAAGCCACAAACGUGAUGAUAAAGCUGUUGGUAAAGUCUCCACAACAGCCUCCAUGUUGCUGGGCGGUGUUAAUGAAGACUUGGAAAAACAAUUAAGGGAACGUGCUCUUAAAUCUAUGAAAAAAUUGGAUUAGUUUCCGAUUCAAUUCAAGUAAAUGUAAUUGACAGAUUUUUACACAAUUUUUUAAGAAACGAGCAGAAUCUUUCAAAGUAAUGUUUUAAAACAUGUUUUGGCAUGUUAAGUUUUUUUUUUUUUUUUUUUUUUUCUUUUUUUUUAAUUUAUUCAUAAUUUUCAAUAUUAUCAUUUAAAAAGAAAAUGCCCUAAGGCUAAGACUUGUGUGUGAAAAUCGCACUUUGCACCACACAACACGAUUCAACAUACCCAUAAAAUUCGAUUCAUUUUAUCUUCAAACAAAUCUUAAUCGCACAUACAUAAGUACUUUGCUCUUGAAUUAUUCACAUAGGUAUAUAUAAUAGCAUAACAUUAAAAUUCAUUUUUUAAUGAUGUCUUUCUUCCUUUAAUUUUUCUAUUUUAGUUUAUAAUAUAUUGGUAGUUUUUCUUACUUUUCUUUCGUUUUGACUUCCUUAUAAUGAAAUAUUGCAUUCAUCCACAAAUUCAUUUAGAAUAACAAUAAUAAUUACGUGUUUGUUAAAUGAAACAUUUAAAUGUGCAUCUAACAUUGCAUACAUUUUAAAUAGAGUUUAACAACCAAACAGAAAAUAUAUGUACGAUGUGUUUUUGAAAGAAAAGAAAGAAAGAUCAGAAUUAUUUGAAAUAUUGAAAAAUUAAUAUUAAAAUUCACAAAUGAGUAUAAUUUAAACAUAUAACAACAGAAUCAGAAAUAAAGAUAAAAAGAAA